CGCAAGCCGUGAGUAGAGUAAGAAGAUAAAAUGCGCCGGAGAGAGUGCAAGAGAUAAAUAUUCUCGAGAGAGACGAGAUAGAGAGAAAUGGUAGACGUAGUAGCAGUAGGAGUAGUAUUUAAAUUCCAUCCCAACCACGCAAACACAUUAAACAUCCUCGACACUACAGCUCAGCUAUCGUGUGUUUUCCUUUCUCUCUUUUUCAUCGCACUUGCGUUAAACUUCUCCGUUUAAUAUUAUUCUACUCUAUAAACAGAGCAAAAGAGAAAAGGACCACGUUGUGGGUAGAGUGAAUCUAGUCUCUAUAAACCCGGGAUCGAAUCCCCGCGGCUGCGUGGAUUUGUGGAGAUGGGGAAGGGGAAUAGGAGCUUCAUGGGGUUUGAUUUGAAAGUGGUUUUGAUGGUGUCAGUGGCGUUGAAUGUGGUUUUGAUUUCGAGGGUUUUGUAUAAAGAAGAUGAUGAGAGCGAGAUUGGUGGUGGGGUUUGUUUAGAGAGUGGUGAAGCGCAGGUUAGCAGGAGGAGAACGGGGUUUGACGGAGAUAGUUCCGGUACGGAUGUUCUCGACGGUGGUGCUGUUAUUGAUCUUGAUCAUGGCAAUCCGACAAUGUAUGAGGAGUAUUGGAAGCAGAUGGGAGAUAAAACUACGGUUGUGAUACCUGGUUGGCAAUUUAUAAGUUACUUUUCGGAUAUCAAAAAUGUUUGCUGGUUUUUGGAGCCAGAAUUUGCCAAGCAAGCUAUUAGGUUGCAUAGUUUGGUUGGGAACGCGGUAACUCAAGACCGUUACAUUGUAGUAGGCACAGGCUCUUCACAACUAUACCAGGCUGUACUCUAUGCCUUGACUCCUACGGACAGUCCUGGGCCAAUGAGCGUUGUAUCAGCUGCCCCAUUCUAUUCUUCUUACCCACUAAUGACGGACUACUUGAAGUCUGGGCUCCAUAGAUGGGCUGGUGAUGCAUACAAUUUCAGUACUGACGAGCCAUACAUCGAGCUUGUUACUUCUCCUAACAAUCCUGAUGGCUCCAUAAGGCAAGCUGUGGUGAAUGGAGAUAAAGGAAUAUUAGUUCAUGAUCUGGCUUACUACUGGCCUCAGUAUACUCCAAUCUCUCAUCAAGCAGACGAAGAUGUAAUGCUUUUCACAAUCUCCAAAAGUACUGGUCACGCUGGGACUCGCAUAGGGUGGGCUCUUGUCAAAGAUCCAGAAAUUGCCAAGAAAAUGACUAAAUUUAUAGAGAUCAACACUAUCGGUGUGUCCAAAGAUUCACAGCUCCGAGCAGCAAGGAUUCUGCAAGCUGUGUCUGAUGACUAUGAUUCCAGUGGCAAUGCCAAAAAGAACGAACAAUUCUUCGAGUACAGUUACAAUGUCAUGGUGAAGAGGUGGAAUGAACUUAGAGCAGCAGUUGAUAAGAGUCAAAUAUUCAGUUUACCUAAAUUUCCACCUGGUACGUGCACAUUCAGUGGACAGACAUUCGAGCCACAGCCAGCUUUUGCAUGGGUGAAAUGUGAGCAAGAAACAGUAGAUGACUGUGAAAGUUUCUUCCGCGGCCACAACAUCCUGACUAGAGGCGGAAAGCACUUUGGUGUUAGCCCCAAGUACGUGAGGAUCAGCAUGCUGGAUAGCAACAACAAAUUCAAGAUCUUCACCGAGAGAUUGUCUAGUAUGAAAUUUUGAAAAUUUCGAAGUUCUGAAUGAUAGGGGGAGGGCUCGAAAGAGGACCGGUUUGUGUACAGAGUGCUCUGUAUUGAUUGUUUAUUUUUUUGGUAAUAGGUGCACGAUUAUGUAAAUCUCUAUUCUGGAGUCUUUCUGUAAGAACCUCUUAUGGACAUUAUAGCACACAAGUGUUUUAUUUAUCAAGUGCUAGAGGAUUGAUAAAUACAAAUGCUCUAGCAUUAGCACAUUA